AUGGCGCCCGCCCGUCCCCGGCCACGGCUGCUGCUCUUCUUCUCGGCGGCCCUGCUCUUCUUCUUGCUGUUUGCGGCGCACCCGGCUGCGGCGGCGCAGGUGGGCGACGCGUGCUCCUCCUCCGGCGGCGGCUGCGGCUCCGGCAUGCACUGCAGCGCCUGCGGUGCCGGCGGGGACAGCAUCUGCACGCGCGCCAGCCCCGUGGACCCGGCCACCCACGGCACGGUCCUCCCCUUCAACAACUACUCGUGGCUCACCACCCACAACUCCUACGCGCUCGCCGGCGCCGCCUCCGCCACCGGCAACCCACUCAUCACCGAGACCAACCAGGAGGACACCGUCACCGCGCAGCUCAAGAAUGGUGUUAGGGGCUUGAUGCUUGAUACUUAUGACUUUGACAACGAUGUCUGGCUGUGCCACUCAUUUGGAGGAAAAUGCUACAACUUCACUGCCUUUCAACCUGCCAUCAAUGUCUUCAAAGAGAUCCAGACGUUCCUUGAUGCAAACCCAUCAGAAGUAGUCACAAUUUUUCUUGAAGACUACACCGCAACAGGGUCCUUGCCGAAAGUAUUCAAUGCUUCUGGCCUUAUGAAGUAUUGGUUUCCGGUGUCGAAAAUGCCAAAGAGCGGUGGCAACUGGCCUCUGCUCAAGGACAUGAUCAGCCAGAACCAGCGCCUGCUAGUCUUCACAUCAAAGAAAUCCAAGGAAGCAAGCGAGGGGAUCGCAUAUGAAUGGAACUACGUUGUGGAAAACCAAUAUGGAAAUGAUGGUAUGGUAGCAGGCAAAUGCCCCAACCGCGCAGAGUCUCCAGCCAUGGAUUCGAAAAGCCAGUCGCUUGUUCUGAUGAAUUUCUUCACGACUAGCCCAAGUCAGACUGGUGUAUGCGGAAAUAAUUCAGCGCCACUCGUUAGCAUGCUCAAAACGUGCCAUGAUGCUUCAGGCAAUCGGUGGCCCAACUACAUUGCUGUUGAUUUCUACAUGAGGAGUGACGGUGGAGGAGCUCCCUUAGCUACAGAUAUUGCAAAUGGUCAUAUGGUAUGCGGAUGUGACAACAUCGCAUAUUGCAAGGCGAAUUCGACCUUUGGCACCUGUGUGAUACCACCACCGCCACCGCCGUCGCCACCCAAGGCACCCACCCCCGGCAGCAGAGGCUCAACAGCAGGGGGCGAUGCUAGCGCGGGAAUGGCCCGGUCUCAUCAUCUGCCCUCGCAAUGGAGCUUCUUCCUGGGACUGCCUUCUCUGCUUCUUUUGUUGCUCUCGUGA